UCGGGCAGGACUUGUCGCAUCCAGUCUGGAGUUGAACAUCGAAGAAAACGGCAGCAAAACCGAAAACUGCUCCUCGAGAACCGUGAACUCUAGAAGGGACUGUGUGAGAGCAGCCAGGAGUCCAAUCAGACACAAAUACACACACAAAGACAUUUACACCCAUACACUGACACUGACACGCACACAACCGAAUCGGUCGCCUGUACGAACACACCCUCUCGCACACUCAUGCACUCGUGUACAUAUUGCUUACAUAAAGUCUAAGGAAAAAUCGAUAGGAGUGCAUUAAUAAUUCAGCGAAAACGAAGAGGAAAAGGUCUCGAGCAAAUAUCUUCAAGUAGUGCGAGUUUUCCGCCUCUGCUAACGGUGAAGAAAAGUUCCAGGCCUCGUGAAAAAAAAAUAUGACUAAUCUGCAGUGACGACAUACGCGCCGCUUACACAAUUUCUCUACACCAAUUAAUCGCUGAAAUCCAUUCAAGACGGGCAUUUUCCCAUUGGCAAUUGUGAAAAAAUGGUCACCGAAAAUGGAGGAGCACAGGGCGAUGGAAACACUUCCUUCCUGCGUGCCGCUCGCGCCGGAAAUCUGGAGCGCGUGCUCGAGCAUUUGAAGAACAACAUUGACAUUAACACCAGCAAUGCGAAUGGCUUGAAUGCCCUGCACCUGGCCUCCAAGGAUGGCCACAUCCACGUCGUCUCGGAACUCCUUCGUAGGGGCGCGAUUGUGGAUAGUGCCACCAAAAAGGGAAACACCGCCCUCCACAUCGCCUCAUUGGCUGGACAGGAGGAGGUGGUGAAGCUACUGCUGGAGCACAAUGCCUCUGUGAAUGUGCAAUCCCAGAAUGGAUUCACUCCACUCUACAUGGCCGCCCAGGAGAACCACGAUGCGGUGGUGCGUCUCCUUUUGUCCAACGGAGCCAACCAAAGUCUGGCCACCGAGGAUGGCUUCACCCCACUGGCGGUGGCCAUGCAGCAGGGUCAUGACAAAGUCGUUGCUGUCCUCCUCGAGAGUGAUACUCGUGGAAAGGUCAGGCUUCCUGCGCUGCACAUUGCCGCCAAAAAGGACGACGUCAAGGCAGCGACUCUGCUUCUCGAUAAUGACCAUAAUCCGGACGUGACUUCCAAGUCGGGCUUCACCCCGCUGCACAUUGCUUCCCAUUAUGGUAACCAAAACAUCGCCAACCUACUCAUCCAGAAGGGCGCCGAUGUCAACUACUCGGCCAAGCACAACAUUAGUCCGCUGCAUGUGGCUGCAAAGUGGGGCAAGACCAACAUGGUUUCCCUGCUUCUGGAGAAAGGUGGUAACAUCGAGGCAAAGACCCGGGACGGACUUACUCCGCUCCAUUGCGCCGCACGCUCUGGUCAUGAGCAAGUAGUGGACAUGCUACUCGAACGAGGAGCUCCAAUCUCUGCCAAGACCAAAAAUGGUUUGGCACCCCUCCAUAUGGCCGCCCAGGGUGAGCAUGUGGAUGCCGCCCGCAUCCUCUUGUACCAUCGUGCUCCCGUCGACGAGGUGACAGUGGACUAUCUCACUGCCCUGCAUGUGGCUGCUCACUGUGGUCAUGUUAGGGUGGCUAAGCUUCUACUGGAUCGAAAUGCUGAUGCCAAUGCAAGGGCUUUGAAUGGAUUCACUCCACUGCACAUUGCUUGCAAGAAGAACCGCUUGAAGGUGGUGGAGUUGCUCUUGCGACAUGGUGCCAGCAUCAGUGCCACCACAGAGAGUGGACUUACUCCGCUACAUGUAGCCGCCUUCAUGGGCUGCAUGAACAUUGUCAUCUAUCUGCUGCAGCAUGAUGCCAGUCCCGAUGUGCCCACUGUGCGCGGUGAAACGCCACUCCAUCUGGCCGCCAGAGCCAACCAGACCGACAUCAUUCGCAUCCUGCUGCGCAAUGGCGCCCAGGUGGACGCUCGUGCCCGCGAGCAACAGACACCGCUGCACAUCGCUUCGCGACUGGGUAAUGUGGACAUCGUGAUGCUCCUGCUGCAACAUGGCGCCCAAGUGGACGCAACCACCAAGGACAUGUACACGGCACUUCACAUCGCAGCCAAGGAGGGCCAGGAUGAGGUGGCCGCUGUACUAAUUGAUAACGGCGCCGCCUUGGAUGCCGCCACCAAGAAGGGAUUCACUCCACUUCACUUGACGGCCAAAUAUGGACACAUUAAGGUUGCCCAGUUGCUGCUCCAAAAGGAGGCGGAUGUGGAUGCGCAGGGCAAGAACGGUGUCACCCCAUUGCAUGUGGCUUGCCACUACAAUAACCAGCAGGUUGCCUUGUUGCUUCUGGAGAAGGGAGCAAGUCCACAUGCCACGGCCAAGAAUGGACAUACCCCGCUCCAUAUUGCCGCAAGGAAGAACCAGAUGGACAUAGCUACUACUCUAUUGGAAUAUGGCGCUUUGGCCAAUGCCGAGAGCAAGGCCGGAUUUACGCCACUCCAUUUGAGCAGCCAGGAGGGUCAUGCCGAGAUCUCCAAUCUGCUGAUCGAGCACAAGGCCGCCGUCAAUCAUCCGGCCAAGAAUGGUCUAACUCCCAUGCAUCUGUGUGCCCAGGAGGAUAAUGUGAAUGUGGCCGAGAUUCUGGAGAAAAACGGCGCCAAUAUCGACAUGGCCACCAAGGCAGGCUACACUCCUUUGCAUGUGGCCUCUCAUUUCGGCCAGGCCAACAUGGUGCGUUUCUUGCUGCAGAAUGGAGCCAAUGUGGAUGCGGCCACCUCGAUUGGCUAUACUCCGCUCCAUCAGACCGCCCAGCAGGGUCAUUGUCAUAUUGUGAAUCUCCUGCUGGAGCACAAGGCCAAUGCCAAUGCCCAGACGGUCAAUGGACAGACGCCUUUGCACAUUGCCCGCAAACUGGGCUACAUAAGUGUCCUGGACUCGUUGAAAACCAUCACCAAGGAGGACGAAGCAGCUGCUGCUCCGGCCCAAGCCGAGGAGAAGUAUCGCGUCGUGGCUCCCGAGGCCAUGCACGAGUCCUUCAUGUCCGACUCCGAGGAAGAGGGCGGCGAAGACAAUAUGCUAUCAGAUCAACCAUACCGCUAUUUGACCGUUGAUGAAAUGAAAUCCCUAGGCGACGACUCGCUGCCCAUCGAUGUGACCCGUGAUGAGCGCAUGGACUCCAACCGGAUGACCCAGAGCGCCGAGUAUGCCUCUGGAGUUCCGCCCACCAUUGGAGAGGAGGUUAUCAGUCCCCACAAGACCCAGGUCUAUGGCAGUUCACCCAAGGCCACCGUUGAUGGAGUUUACAUUGCCAAUGGUCACGAUGAGCCACCGCAUGUGGGUCGCAAGUUAAGCUGGAAGAGCUUCUUGGUGUCCUUUCUGGUGGAUGCCCGUGGAGGAGCAAUGCGUGGCUGUCGGCACAGUGGCGUUCGCAUGAUCAUCCCUUCGAGGUCAACUUGCCAGCCAACCAGGGUAACCUGUCGUUAUGUGAAGCCGCAGCGUACCAUGCAUCCGCCCCAGUUGAUGGAGGGCGAGGCUUUGGCCAGUCGUGUCCUGGAACUGGGUCCUUGCUCCACCAAGUUUAUUGGGCCAGUGGUCAUGGAGGUGCCGCACUUUGCAUCGCUGCGUGGCAAGGAGCGCGAGAUCAUCAUACUGCGAUCGGACAAUGGAGAAACCUGGCGGGAGCACACCAUCGAUAACUCCGAGGAGAUCAUACACGAUGUCCUGCAGCAGUGCUUUGAACCAGAGGAGAUUGCCCAACUGGAGGAGCAGGCUGGCAACCAUGUCUGCCGCUUUGUCACCUACGACUUCCCCCAGUACUUCGCCGUCGUAUCGCGCAUACGCCAGGAGGUCCAUGCCAUUGGACCGGAGGGCGGCAUGGUGUCCAGCACCGUGGUGCCACAGGUGCAGGCCGUCUUCCCACAGGGAGCCCUCACCAAGAAGAUCAAAGUUGGCUUACAGGCCCAACCGGUCGAUCCCGAUCUCACGGCGAAGCUUUUGGGUCGCGGCGUGGCCGUAUCCCCAAUUGUUACGGUCGAGCCGCGUCGCCGUAAAUUCCACAAGGCCAUCACACUCAGCAUGCCCGCACCCAAGGCUCACAGCCAGGGUAUGAUCAACCAGUAUUCGGGCAAUACGCCCACCCUGCGUCUGCUAUGCUCCAUCACAGGCGGACCAUCUCGUGCUCAAUGGGAAGAUGUCACCGGUUCCACGCCCUUGACAUUUGUCAAUGACUGCGUCUCCUUUACGACCACAGUAUCAGCUCGUUUCUGGCUGAUGGAUUGCCGCAACAUUUCGGAUGCCACCAAAAUGGCCACUGAACUGUACAAGGAAGUCAUCCAUGUGCCGUUUAUUGCCAAGUUUGUGGUAUUCGCCAAGAAGGUUGAACCAUUCGAAGCUAGACUCCGGGUCUUUUGCAUGACCGACGAUCGUGAGGACAAAACUCUGGAGAAGCAUGAGCUCUACACGGAAGUGGCCAAGAGCCGUGAUGUCGAGGUCCUCGAGGGCAAGCCGCAGUACAUCGAGAUGGCUGGCAAUCUGGUUCCAGUGACCAAAUCUGGCGACCAGCUCCAGGUGCAAUUCAAGGCCUUCCGAGAGAACCGCCUACCGUUCACAGUACGAGUCAAGGAUCAACAUGCCGACAUUGUUGGACGCACUUUGUUCAUGAAGGAACCGAAGGUGGCCAAGGGCGAGCCACCGCAACAGCCCAUCUGCAUCCUGAACAUCGUUCUUCCGGAGGCUGUAAUUCCCGAUUCCACGACCGCCUUUUCGGACCGCGUCACCUCCGCCUACAGGACCUCAAUGUUUAGCUUGAGCAAGCAUCAAAAUGACCAUUACAUUGGCGACAUCCGCAUCGUCGAUCUAUCCAACCUGUUGGGUAAGGAUUGGAUUCAGCUGGCCCCAGAGAUUGGCAUCAAUGGGGAGGAGAUCGAUGAGAUCAUCAACCAAAACACAGAUAGCAUUGCCAGGCAGGCGCAGAGCAUGAUUCGCCUGUAUAAGGACAAACCUAACUACGAUAUUCUUUCGCUGGAAACGGCUCUCAAAAACAUUGGACGAGACGACAUCAUGAAAAAGUGCAAGAGUGGACGACUAUCGCAUUCGCGUGAAUUCGACGAGGCGGACCUUAUGAAGAACUCGGAGUCCGUGGAGGAACUGGUUCGCCGGGAAAGCAAGCGAAUCCAGCAAAUUAACGAACGCGAAGAAGUCAAAUACUCUGCCGAGGAGAAGGAGGUCGAGGAAUCGGAGUCUGAUGAAGAAGCUGCCAAGCGAACAGUUGCCGAACGGCGGGAAAAGAUUGUUAAGCGUCUGUCCAUCGAACGAUCAAUUCCUGCCUCCACUCAGAAAAAAGAGAUCACCCGCGAAAUAACCGAAAUCAAGCGUAAGAGUCUAAUCGAGGACAAGAAGGCUCAUCAUGAAUCCGAAAUUCUGAUGCAACUGCCUGCCGAUAACGUGAUUAUCAAGACAACAACUGUUCCCGACCAAGUCAUUAAGAUGAAGAUGGGCAAGAUGGACUCAACCGAGGUAAGCAAGAGCGAGUUCGACAAGGAACUUACGCACAAGUUCAAGACAUCCGGACGUAGCUCAGAGGAGGAAGACCAGCCAUCGUCACCAGAUCAGACUGACAAGAUUGUCCAGGACAUUAGUGCUGCCGAAAAGAAGGAGAAGGAUGGCGUGACCUUCAGCCGAGUGACGACAAUAACCCGCCAAGAGGCCCGCGACAUUACCGAAGACUUCUUAGAGAUUGAGAAGCGAAGCCAGCUCCCGGCAACUUCCACAACCGCAACAGUUCAUGAGAAGUUCGUUGAGGAGAUCAAAGAGAAGACCAGCCCUCUGGCUUCAGUGCCACAAGAAACAUUCAAGGAGGUGCAACAAGUCAUCAGCGAGGUGACCGAAAUAGCCAGCAGAAAGGUUGAAAACAUUAUUAGCUCCUUUGAGAGUAGCAAGUCUGUGGAUGCUACUCCCCUUCUGCCCACACAGCCGUCUGUCGAAUCAUCGAAGGUUAGCGAGACCAUUAAAAACCUAGAGGAUUCAAAGGCCGUGCCUGCGGAGCAAGUGAAGACUGUCCAGAUUAUUGAGAGCUCAAGUAUUGAGGAGACAAUUGCUGAAUUUGAAGCCAAGAAGGUCAAAUAUGACUUCCAUGGCGGUGAGCCCAAAACACAGAUCCCAAAGUUCACGCGGAAGCCUAGCGAUGACUCGAUGAAGCCUACCGCAGCUCCACGUGCUACAGUUGAAUCCGAAACUGAAUCGGUCAUUGAGACUAAGGUUGAAAAACCAAUCUCAAAGAUACCAGUCAAGACAAUACCAACCGAAGCUCAGAAGGUUAGCGAAGUAGAUGCACGUAAGAUUACUCAAGACUUCCUCCAGGGUGAGAAACUGGCGGCCGAACCCAAGCCAUCGCCAGCAGCCAGCAAGAUACCCAAGGUGGAGCCGAGGAAAUCUGUGGAUAAGCAGGUCGAUCGGGAAUCAAAAGUAUUGGAUGAUGUUGUGGCCUCUACGGCCACCAUUAUGACCGCCGGUCUGGGAGGUGAGCAGCUCAAAGAUCAACUCGUCGAUCACUCUGAAAUUAUCGCCAAGUCCGAAACAGUCGCCGAAAAGGUAACCGAACUGCUUGACACAUUCCACAAGAUCGAGGAGAAGGUCACCAAAUCUGAAAAGACCUCGGAAAUAUCGAGCAAAGUGGAGGAACUAGUUAAAAUCGAGGACAAACCUCUCUCACAAGUUCAACCCAAGGAGGACAAGGUGGCGCAAAAGGUUGCUGAAGUUAUCGAAACAUUCCACAAAAUCGAGGAGCAGAUCACCAGUGCCGAUGCCCGCCAGCUCACUCGUGAUUUCCUGAGCAUGGAGCAACAAAACCAAUUGCCGAGAAUGCCACAAUCUGCUGAGAAGCCCCUUGAAUCUAGUUUGACAUCCACAAGUGCUUCGGAACCAGAAUCAAUAGUCACAGUGAAGCCAGCACCCCCAGCGAGUAAGAUACCUGUAGUGGAACCCAGGAAAAUCGUUUUCGACGAAUCUACAAAGCCUCUGAUCGAACCAGAGCCAGUGAAGACCGCUGAAAAGAAGCCUCUUAAUGAGCGACAACUAACCGCUGAUUUCUUGAGCAUGGAGCAACAAACCCAGCUGGUCUCGGAGCCUGCCAAAUCGUUGGUGGAAGAGGUGAUGAAGUCCGCCGAGCAAAUGGUGGAGCUACCAAAACAGCAAAAGCCCCUGAAUGAGCGACAACUUACAGAGGACUUCCUGCUUAUGGAACAGCAGACACAACUGCCUUCAGACAUUGUUAAGCCAACGGAUAAGCUGAUCGAUGGUAUUGAGUCUGCAGCGCCGGUUGGAGAUGAAGCAUCACCGUUCCAUACGCCCAAGCUAACCACCAGCGUGGUGACACAGGAGCCACAGCAACUGGCGAGCGAAUAUGACAGUGACACCUUCGGCAAACAGGCCACCAUGCCGUUAGGAGACUCAAAGAUGGACCAGGGACUCACUGCACCAGUAUCCAUGGAGCCACGAAAGUCACUGACCGAUGCCGAGUUCUGCAAAUCGGUGGGCGAAACAAUCACCAAGAAGAUGAGUGUGGGAGUGAUUGAAAUAAGUGAUGAGCUCAAGAAAAUUGAGAGCGAAAUCCCACAUUCCCAGACUCCUCCACCAACACCGAGUGACAACAAAACCGACAAGCAGAACGAAGAGCCAGAACUGAUCAGCUUGGAGCGUGAUUACCUGGCCGACACUGUGACCACCCUGCACACAACUACAGAGUCGACCCUCGAACGCGUUUCUGCCAUUACCAAAAUUGAGCACUUCAGUGUUCAUAAUGUAAAAUCCGAAACCUUUACAAGAACAGAUGAACCUGAUAAGCUGCUCCAUAGUGUGGUAGCUCCCCCCGAUAUUCAGAAAUUGUACUCACAAGACACUACCUCAUUUACAGAAAUGAGUACAAGUAGUCAAACACCGAAGAUGACAACAACGACGACCAUGACAGCACAAAUAGAUCGCACCAAAGUAGAUUUGACUAUUCCUGGGCAAGAUCAGCAAAAACACAAGGAUCUGAAGGAGCAGUCCGCAGUAGUUGUAGAUGCAAAAACAGAGGCAGAGAAGACCGCCAGUGAUAGGGAGUAUUUAGAACAAAUUAUGGGCUGUGGCGAUGUCAGACGCAAGAUCAUGCGUUUGGAGAGCAGUUGCAGCACAGAAUCAUUGGAGUCAGUGGGCAAGUCAUCCGCUGUGACACCCAAAUAUAUAGGCGACAAUGUGCCAGUGGUGCGAGAGGUGGUGCAGAGUAUGGAGGAUAAGAUCUGCAGCACAGUGGUGUCGGCCAUUCCGUUUACCGUGCAAAAACGCAAGCCCCAUGAAGAUGACAAGGAACCCAAUGUAGUAGAACUAGAAAAACAAAUACUAACGCCAGCAGAUUUGGCCCUGGAAAAGAUAUUAAAAUGUGAACCACCCUCUGAGGUUGUAAGAAUUUCACCCAUCGAGGCCAUGUCUCUUGGCCUUAAAGAGAUUGAUGAAGAGGUUUGUGAAAAAGUUUGUGAGAAGCGCAAGUCCUUUGUGGUAGCUGAAGACUUAUGUGAAACGGAAAAGACUUUAACUGAACAGGUAAUAGAUUUAAAUAGGCAAGUAGACCAGGUACCUGAAAGGGUUUUUACUGAGACAAUUGAAAGGCAUUUAGACUUAGGAGAUAGGGAUGUCAUUGAGGCGUUACCAAAGGUUAAGGAAGUUGUGCAGGACAUUGAACGUAAAUAUCCUGCGGCUAACUUAGAGGCCAAACCUUUCAGUCCACGCAAGCGCACAACCCCAGACCGUAAGGUUGAUGUUUCGUCCUUAGAGCAGCAGAUUUUAACCGACGCCGAUCUGAUUUUAGAUGGUUUAGGCUCUAAGUGCGUACCAGAACAAAAGGUACAGUCGCCCAUUUUUGCAUUGAACAAGGCAAGCAGUAGUACUGAAAACCUAGAAGAUGUAUGCGAAAAGAAAUGCUCAAAGCGCACAAUCUCAGAUAUGGCAAAGGUCUUUGAAAGGCAAGAAGACCCAACAACUAUGCCAUCUAUUAAAAAUGUAAAGUCGACAACUGCCAAGUUCCUAGAGUGCGAGUCAGGGAAGUUCGCUAUUACAGAAAGUAUUCAGGAUUUUACUGCCAAGGGUAGUUUAAAUGAAGAAGUAGCUGCGAUUGAAAAAGGUCAAAUUAGAUUUUUAAAAGAUUGUGAUACACAAGAAUUUCCAAUAGAAACGAAUUUGGAUACAAAAUUCGUAGAAUUUCCAAAAAUUUCACACACCCUCGAACGAUUACAUUCCAUUUCGAAGACUGACAUUGCUGAUACAAAGAAAAUCGUCCACGAAUCUAGUGAAUUUAAAUCAAAAUUAGAUAAACUCGUGCACAAGACAGCACAAGCAGAUAACCAAAAUCCUGACAAAAUUAAGUUUCCCACUCAGGAUAAUUUAGAUGAGCUUCAAACACAAAUAAGCUUGACCUCUGAACUUGUUACAAUGACAUAUAAAUUUCCACCUGAAGGGAAAUCUUAUUUAGGUAAGGAACCAAUUGAAAGUGAAAGCGACGAGGAACUGGACACUUUAAACAAAAAAUGCAAGCUUCAGCUCUUAUCAAAAAUUGAACAGUCAUCUUUUAUUGAUACAACCAAGAUCACCAAGAGUACUGAAAAAAGAGAUAUAACCAAAUUUCCAACGGCAAACGAUAGUCAAGGUGAGAUGUUUAGCAAAUCAGGAGCCACUCUUAAAAAACAAUCCGGGGGAAAAACAGACUGCAUUCACUCCACUGAAACAAUAUCUUCUGUAACAGCUAGUGGAGAUAAGUCUCCACUCCAUCUAGAAGAAAAAACAAAGUCGCCUGAGAGGAAAGACGAAAAGGUCCUAGCUAAACCAGACGACAGUUCCAAGUCGGUCUUUGAGACUGAUAAGCCCAGUACUAAAGAAUAUUCGGACGAUGAAACCGAUGACGAAAUAGAUUUUCCCAAGCCACAAGACAAGCCUAUUAUUAGCCAUCCAACAUCUUUGGUAACUGGUGUUACAGGUGGUGGGGUUAAAUCUCCUCUCCAUCCUGAAGAAAAACCAAAGUCGCCUGAGAAGAAAGACGAAAAGGUCCUAGCUAAACCAGACGACAGUUCCAAGUCGGUCGUUGAGACUGAUAAGCCCAGUCCUAAAGAAUAUUCGGACGAUGAAACUGAUGACGAAAUAGAUAUUCCCAAGCCACAAGACAAGCCUAUUAGCCAUCCAACUUCUUUGGUAACUGGUGUUACAGGUGGUGGGGUUAAAUCUCCUCUCCAUUCUGAGGAAAAACCAAAGUCGCCUGAGAAGAAAGACGAAAAUGUCCUAGCUAAACCAGACGACAGUUCCAAGUCGGUCGUUGAGACUGAUAAGCCCAGUCCUAAAGAAUAUUCGGACGAUGAAACUGAUGACGAAAUAGAUAUUCCCAAGCCACAAGACAAGCCUAUUAGCCAUCCAACUUCUUUGGUAACUGGUGUUACAGGUGGUGGGGUUAUGUCUCCUCUCCAUUCAGAGGAAAAACCAAAGUCGCCUGAGAAGAAGGACGAAAAGGUCCUAGCUAAACCAGACGACAGUUCCAAGUCGGUCGUUAAGACUGAUAAGACCAGUCCUAAAGAAUAUUCGGACGAUGAAACUGAUGACGAAAUAGAUAUUCCCAAGCCACAAGACAAGCCUAUUAGCCAUCCAACUUCUUUGGUAACUGGUGUUACAGGUGGUGGGGUUAAAUCUCCUCUUCAUCCUGAGGAAAAACCAAAGUCGCCUGAGAAGAAGGACGAAAAGGUCCUAGCUAAACCAGACGACAGUUCCAAGUCGGUCGUUAAGACUGAUAAGACCAGUCCUAAAGAAUAUUCGGACGAUGAAACCGAUGACGAAAUAGAUUUAUCCAAGCCGCAAGACAAGAUUUUUAGGGAAGCAACUCCAUCAGUGACACCCUUCACUACUAUCCCUGACGUAAAGGCCAGAGAUGUUAUUUCCUUCAAGGCAGAAGAAAGUUCAACAACAGUUCAAACAACUAUUAAGUUAGCAAGCACUAGUAUAACAACAGAGGAUACCAAGAUAGUUAAACCGAUUGAUUCGCUUUCACAAUUGAAAUCAGUGAAGCCUAUGUUAAAGGAGUAUUCGGACGAUGAAACUGAUGACGAAAUAGAUAUUCCCAAGCCACAAGACAAGCCUAUUAGCCAUCCAACUUCUUUGGUAACUGGUGUUACAGGUGGUGGGGUUAAAUCUCCUCUCCAUCCUGAAGAAAAACCAAAGUCGCCUGAGAAGAAAGACGAAAAGGUCCUAGCUAAACCAGACGACAGUUCCAAGUCGGUCGUUGAGACUGAUAAGCCCAGUCCUAAAGAAUAUUCGGACGAUGAAACUGAUGACGAAUUAGAUAUUCCCAAGCCACAAGACAAGCCUAUUAGCCACCCAACUUCUUUGGUAACUGGUGUUACAGGUGGUGCGGUUAUGUCUCCUCUCCAUUCUGAGGAAAAACCAAAGUCGCCUGAGAAGAAAGACGAAAAGGUCCUAGCUAAACCAGACGACAGUUCCAAGUCGGUCGUUGAGACUGAUAAGCCCAGUCCUAAAGAAUAUUCGGACGAUGAAACUGAUGACGAAAUAGAUAUUCCCAAGCCACAAGACAAGAUUUUUAGGGAAGCAACUCCAUCAGUGACACCCUUCACUACUAUCCCUGACGUAAAGGCCAGAGAUGUUAUUUCCUUCAAGGCAGAAGAAAGUUCAACAACAGUUCAAACAACAAUUAAGUUAGCAAGCACUAGUAUAACAACAGAGGAUACCAAGAUAGUUAAACCGAUUGAUUCGCUUUCACAAUUGAAAGACGAUAAGAUUCCAACCUCAGUAGGAGACAAGGCACCAAAAGAGUCAGUAAAGCCUAUGUUAAAGGAGUAUUCGGACGAUGAAACUGAUGACGAAAUAAAUAUUCCCAAGCCACAAGACAAGCCUAUUAGCCAUCCAACUUCUUUGGUAACUGGUGUUACAGGUGGUGGGGUUAAAUCUCCUCUUCAUCCUGAGGAAAAACCAAAGUCGCCUGAGAAGAAGGACGAAAAGGUCCUAGCUAAACCAGACGACAGUUCCAAGUCGGUCGUUAAGACUGAUAAGACCAGUCCUAAAGAAUAUUCGGACGAUGAAACCGAUGACGAAAUAGAUUUAUCCAAGCCGCAAGACAAGAUUUUUAGGGAAGCAACUCCAUCAGUGACACCCUUCACUACUAUCCCUGACGAUACCAAGAUAGUUAAACCGAUUGAUUCGCUUUCACAAUUGAAAGACGAUAAGAUUCCAACCUCAGUAGGAGACAAGGCACCAAAAGAGUCAGUAAAGCCUAUGUUAAAGGAGUAUUCGGACGAUGAAACUGAUGACGAAAUAGAUAUUCCCAAGCCACAAGACAAGCCUAUUAGCCAUCCAACUUCUUUGGUAACUGGUGUUACAGGUGGUGGGGUUAAAUCUCCUCUUCAUCCUGAGGAAAAACCAAAGUCGCCUGAGAAGAAGGACGAAAAGGUCCUAGCUAAACCAGACGACAGUUCCAAGUCGGUCGUUAAGACUGAUAAGCUCAGUCCUAAAGAAUAUUCGGACGAUGAAACUGAUGACGAAAUAGAUAUUCCCAAGCCACAGGACAAGCCUAUUAGCCAUCCAACUUCUUUGGUAACUGGUGUUACAGGUGGUGGGGUUAUGUCUCCUCUCCAUUCUGAGGAAAAACCAAAGUCGCCUGAGAAGAAAGACGAAAAGGUCCUAGCUAAACCAGACGACAGUUCCAAGUCGGUCGUUGAGACUGAUAAGCCCAGUCUUAAAGAAUAUUCGGACCAUGAAACUGAUGACGAAAUAGAUUUAUCCAAGCCGCAAGACAAGAUUUUUAGGGAAGCAACUCCAUCAGUGACACCCUUCACUACUAUCCCUGACGAAAAGGCCAGAGAUGUUAUUUCCUUCAAGGCAGAAGAAAAGGAUACCAAGAUAGUUAAACCGAUUGAUUCGCUUUCACAAUUGAAAGACGAUAAGAUUCCAACCUCAGUAGGAGACAAGGCACCAAAAGAGUCAGAAAAGCCUAUGUUAAAGGAGUAUUCGGACGAUGAAACUGAUGACGAAAUAGAUAUUCCCAAGCCACAAGACAAGCCUAUUAGCCACCCAACUUCUUUGGUAACUGGUGUUACAGGUGGUGGGGUUAAAUCUCCUCUCCAUCCUGAAGAAAAACCAAAGUCGCCUGAGAAGAAAGACGAAAAGGUCCUAGCUAAACCAGACGACAGUUCCAAGUCGGUCGUUGAGACUGAUAAGCCCAGUCCUAAAGAAUAUUCGGACGAUGAAACUGAUGACGAAAUAGAUAUUCCCAAGCCACAGGACAAGCCUAUUAGCCAUCCAACUUCUUUGGUAACUGGUGUUACAGGUGGUGGGGUUAUGUCUCCUCUCCAUUCUGAGGAAAAACCAAAGUCGCCUGAGAAGAAAGACGAAAAGGUCCUAGCUAAACCAGACGACAGUUCCAAGUCGGUCGUUGAGACUGAUAAGCCCAGUCUUAAAGAAUAUUCGGACCAUGAAACUGAUGACGAAAUAGAUUUAUCCAAGCCGCAAGACAAGAUUUUUAGGGAAGCAACUCCAUCAGUGACACCCUUCACUACUAUCCCUGACGAAAAGAUAGUUAAACCGAUUGAUUCGCUUUCACAAUUGAAAGACGAUAAGAUUCCAACCUCAGUAGGAGACAAGGCACCAAAAGAGUCAGUAAAGCCUAUGUUAAAGGAGUAUUCGGACGAUGAAACUGAUGACGAAAUAGAUAUUCCCAAGCCACAAGACAAGCCUAUUAGCCAUCCAACUUCUUUGGUAACUGGUGUUACAGGUGGUGGGGUUAUGUCUCCUCUCCAUUCUGAGGAAAAACCAAAGUCGCCUGAGAAGAAAGACGAAAAGGUCCUAGCUAAACCAGACGACAGUUCCAAGUCGGUCGUUGAGACUGAUAAGCCCAGUCUUAAAGAAUAUUCGGACCAUGAAACUGAUGACGAAAUAGAUUUAUCCAAGCCACAAGACAAGAUUUUUAGGGAAGCAACUCCAUCAGUGACACCCUUCACUACUAUCCCUGACGAAAAGGCCAGAGAUGUUAUUUCCUUCAAGGCAGAAGAAAGUUCAACAACAGUUCAAACAACAAUUAAGUUAGCAAGCACUAGUAUAACAACAGAGGAUACCAAGAUAGUUAAACCGAUUGAUUCGCUUUCACAAUUGAAAGACGAUAAGAUUCCAACCUCAGUAGGAGACAAGGCACCAAAAGAGUCAGUAAAGCCUAUGUUAAAGGAGUAUUCGGACGAUGAAACUGAUGACGAAAUAGAUAUUCCCAAGCCACAAGACAAGCCUAUUAGCCAUCCAACUUCUUUGGUAACUGGUGUUACAGAUGGUGGGGUUAAAUCUCCUCUUCAUCCUGAGGAAAAACCAAAGUCGCCUGAGAAGAAGGACGAAAAGGUCCUAGCUAAACCAGACGACAGUUCCAAGUCGGUCGUUGAGACUGAUAAGCCCAGUCCUAAAGAAUAUUCGGACGAUGAAACUGAUGACGAAAUAGAGUUAUCCAAGCCGCAAGACAAGAUUUUUAGGGAAGCAACUCCAUCAGUGACACCCUUCACUACUAUCCCUGACGUAAAGGCCAGAGAUGUUAUUUCCUUCAAGGCAGAAGAAAGUUCAACAACAGUUCAAACAACAAUUAAGUUAGCAAGCACUAGUAUAACAACAGAGGAUACCAAGAUAGUUAAACCGAUUGAUUCGCUUUCACAAUUGAAAGACGAUAAGAUUCCAACCUCAGUAGGAGACAAGGCACCAAAAGAGUCAGUAAAGCCUAUGUUAAAGGAGUAUUCGGACGAUGAAACUGAUGACGAAAUAGAUAUUCCCAAGCCACAAGACAAGCCUAUUAGCCAUCCAACUUCUUUGGUAACUGGUGUUACAGAUGGUGGGGUUAAAUCUCCUCUUCAUCCUGAGGAAAAACCAAAGUCGCCUGAGAAGAAGGACGAAAAGGUCCUAGCUAAACCAGACGACAGUUCCAAGUCGGUCGUUGAGACUGAUAAGCCCAGUCCUAAAGAAUAUUCGGACGAUGAAACUGAUGACGAAAUAGAGUUAUCCAAGCCGCAAGACAAGAUUUUUAGGGAAGCAACUCCAUCAGUGACACCCUUCACUACUAUCCCUGACGUAAAGGCCAGAGAUGUUAUUUCCUUCAAGGCAGAAGAAAGUUCAACAACAGUUCAAACAACAAUUAAGUUAGCAAGCACUAGUAUAACAACAGAGGAUACCAAGAUAGUUAAACCGAUUGAUUCGCUUUCACAAUUGAAAGACGAUAAGAUUCCAACCUCAGUAGGAGACAAGGCACCAAAAGAGUCAGUAAAGCCUAUGUUAAAGGAGUAUUCGGACGAUGAAACUGAUGACGAAAUAGAUAUUCCCAAGCCACAAGACAAGCCUAUUAGCCAUCCAACUUCUUUGGUAACUGGUGUUACAGAUGGUGGGGUUAAAUCUCCUCUUCAUCCUGAGGAAAAACCAAAGUCGCCUGAGAAGAAGGACGAAAAGGUCCUAGCUAAACCAGACGACAGUUCCAAGUCGGUCGUUGAGACUGAUAAGCCCAGUCCUAAAGAAUAUUCGGACGAUGAAACUGAUGACGAAAUAGAGUUAUCCAAGCCGCAAGACAAGAUUUUUAGGGAAGCAACUCCAUCAGUGACACCCUUCACUACUAUCCCUGACGAUACCAAGAUAGUUAAACCGAUUGAUUCGCUUUCACAAUUGAAAGACGAUAAGAUUCCAACCUCAGUAGGAGACAAGGCACCAAAAGAGUCAGUAAAGCCUAUGUUAAAGGAGUAUUCGGACGAUGAAACUGAUGACGAAAUAGAUAUUCCCAAGCCACAAGACAAGCCUAUUAGCCAUCCAACUUCUUUGGUAACUGGUGUUACAGAUGGUGGGGUUAAAUCUCCUCUUCAUCCUGAGGAAAAACCAAAGUCGCCUGAGAAGAAGGACGAAAAGGUCCUAGCUAAACCAGACGACAGUUCCAAGUCGGUCGUUGAGACUGAUAAGCCCAGUCCUAAAGAAUAUUCGGACGAUGAAACUGAUGACGAAAUAGAGUUAUCCAAGCCGCAAGACAAGAUUUUUAGGGAAGCAACUCCAUCAGUGACACCCUUCACUACUAUCCCUGACGUAAAGGCCAGAGAUGUUAUUUCCUUCAAGGCAGAAGAAAGUUCAACAACAGUUCAAACAACUAUUAAGUUAGCAAGCACUAGUAUAACAACAGAGGAUACCAAGAUAGUUAAACCGAUUGAUUCGCUUUCACAAUUGAAAGUCGAUAAGAUUCCAACCUCAGUAGGAGACAAGGCACCAAAAGAGUCAGUGAAGCCUAUGUUAAAGGAGUAUUCGGACGAUGAAACUGAUGACGAAAUAGAUAUUCCCAAGCCACAAGACAAGCCUAUUAGCCAUCCAACUUCUUUGGUAACUGGUGUUACAGGUGGUGGGGUUAUGUCUCCUCUCCAUUCUGAGGAAAAACCAAAGUCGCCUGAGAAGAAAGACGAAAAGGUCCUAGCUAAACCAGACGACAGUUCCAAGUCGGUCGUUAAGACUGAUAAGACCAGUCCUAAUGAAUAUUCGGACGAUGAAACCGAUGACGAAAUAGAUAUUCCCAAGCCACAAGACAAGCCUAUUAGCCAUCCAACUUCUUUGGUAACUGGUGUUACAGGUGGUGGGGUUAUGUCUCCUCUCCAUUCUGAGAAAAAACCGAAGUCGCCUGAGAAGAAAGACGAAAAGGUCCUAGCUAAACCAGACGACAGUUCCAAGUCGGUCGUUGAGACUGAUAAGCCCAGUCCUAAAGAAUAUUCGGACGAUGAAACUGAUGACGAAAUAGAUAUUCCCAAGCCACAAGACAAGCCUAUUAGCCACCCAACUUCUUUGGUAACUUGUGUUACAGGUGGUGGGGUUAUGUCUCCUCUCCAUUCUGAGAAAAAACCGAAGUCGCCUGAGAAGAAAGAUGAAAAGGUCCUAGCUAAACCAGACGACAGUUCCAAGUCGGUCGUUGAGACUGAUAAGCCCAGUCCUAAAGAAUAUUCGGACGAUGAAACUGAUGACGAAAUAGAUAUUCCCAAGCCACAGGACAAGCCUAUUAGCCAUCCAACUUCUUUGGUAACUGGUGUUGCAGGUGGUGGGGUUAUGUCUCCUCUCCAUUCUGAGGAAAAACCAAAGUCGCCUGAGAAAAAAGACGAAAAAGUCCUAGCUAAACCAGACGACAGUUCGAAGUCGGUCGUUGAGACUGAUAAGCCCAGUCCUAAAGAAUAUUCGGACGAUGAAACUGAUGACGAAAUAGAUAUUCCCAAGCCACAAGACAAGCCUAUUAGCCACCCAACUUCUUUGGUAACUGGUGUUGCAGGUGGUGGGGUUAUGUCUCCUCUCCAUUCUGAGGAAAAACCAAAGUCGCCUGAGAAGAAAGACGAAAAGGUCCUAGCUAAACCAGACGACAGUUCGAAGUCGGUCGUUGAGACUGAUAAGCCCAGUCCUAAAGAAUAUUCGGACGAUGAAACUGAUGACGAAAUAGAUAUUCCCAAGCCACAGGACAAGCCUAUUAGCCAUCCAACUUCUUUGGUAACUGGUGUUGCAGGUGGUGGGGUUAUGUCUCCUCUCCAUUCUGAGGAAAAACCAAAGUCGCCUGAGAAAAAAGACGAAAAGGUCCUAGCUAAACCAGACGACAGUUCGAAGUCGGUCGUUGAGACUGAUAAGCCCAGUCCUAAAGAAUAUUCGGACGAUGAAACUGAUGACGAAAUAGAUAUUCCCAAGCCACAAGACAAGCCUAUUAGCCAUCCAACUUCUUUGGUAACUGGUGUUACAGGUGGUGGGGUUAUGUCUCCUCUCCAUUCUGAGGUAAAACCAAAGUCGCCUGAGAAGAAAGACGAAAAGGUCCUAGCUAAACCAGACGACAGUUCCAAGUCGGUCGUUGAGACUGAUAAGCCCAGUCCUAAAGAAUAUUCGGACGAUGAAACUGAUGACGAAAUAGAUAUUCCCAAGCCACAAGACAAGCCUAUUAGCCACCCAACUUCUUUGGUAACUGGUGUAACAGGUGGUGGGGUUAAAUCUCCUCUCCAUCCUGAAGAAAAACCAAAGUCGCCUGAGAAGAAAGACGAAAAGGUCCUAGCUAAACCAGACGACAGUUCCAAGUCGGUCGUUGAGACUGAUAAGCCCAGUCCUAAAGAAUAUUCGGACGAUGAAACUGAUGACGAAUUAGAUAUUCCCAAGCCACAAGACAAGCCUAUUAGCCAUCCAACUUCUUUGGUAACUGGUGUUACAGGUGGUGGGGUUAUGUCUCCUCUCCAUUCUGAGAAAAAACCGAAGUCGCCUGAGAAGAAAGACGAAAAGGUCCUAGCUAAACCAGACGACAGUUCCAAGUCGGUCGUUGAGACUGAUAAGCCCAGUCCUAAAGAAUAUUCGGACGAUGAAACUGAUGACGAAAUAGAUAUUCCCAAGCCACAAGACAAGCCUAUUAGCCAUCCAACUUCUUUGGUAACUGGUGUUACAGGUGGUGGGGUUAAAUCUCCUCUUCAUCCUGAGGAAAAACCAAAGUCGCCUGAGAAGAAGGACGAAAAGGUCCUAGCUAAACCAGACGACAGUUCCAAGUCGGUCGUUAAGACUGAUAAGACCAGUCCUAAAGAAUAUUCGGACGAUGAAACCGAUGACGAAAUAGAUUUAUCCAAGCCGCAAGACAAGAUUUUUAGGGAAGCAACUCCAUCAGUGACACCCUUCACUACUAUCCCUGACGAUACCAAGAUAGUUAAACCGAUUGAUUCGCUUUCACAAUUGAAAGACGAUAAGAUCCCAACCUCAGUAGGAGACAAGGCACCAAAUGAGUCAGUAAAGCCUAUGUUAAAGGAGUAUUCGGACGAUGAAACUGAUGACGAAAAAGAUAUUCCCAAGCCACAAGACAAGCCUAUUAGCCAUCCAACUUCUUUGGUAACUGGUGUUACAGGUGGUGGGGUUAAAUCUCCUCUUCAUCCUGAGGAAAAACCAAAGUCGCCUGAGAAGAAGGACGAAAAGGUCCUAGCUAAACCAGACGACAGUUCGAAGUCGGUCGUUAAGACUGAUAAGCCCAGUCCUAAAGAAUAUUCGGACGAUGAAACCGAUGACGAAAUAGAUAUUCCCAAGCCACAAGACAAGCCUAUUAGCCACCCAACUUCUUUGGUAACUUGUGUUACAGGUGGUGGGGUUAAAUCUCCUCUCCAUCCUGAAGAAAAACCAAAGUCGCCUGAGAAGAAAGACGAAAAGGUCCUAGCUAAACCAGACGACAGUUCCAAGUCGGUCGUUGAGACUGAUAAGCCCAGUCCUAAAGAAUAUUCGGACGAUGAAACUGAUGACGAAAUAGAUUUAUCCAAGCCGCAAGACAAGAUUUUUACGGAAGCAACUCCAUCAGUGACACCCUUCACUACUAUCCCUGACGUAAAGGCCAGAGAUGUUAUUUCCUUCAAGGCAGAAGAAAGUUCAACAACAGUUCAAACAACAAUUAAGUUAGCAAGCACUAGUAUAACAACAGAGGAUACCAAGAUAGUUAAACCGAUUGAUUCGCUUUCACAAUUGAAAGACGAUAAGAUUCCAACCUCAGUAGGAGACAAGGCACCAAAAGAGUCAGUAAAGCCUAUGUUAAAGGAGUAUUCGGACGAUGAAACUGAUGACGAAAUAAAUAUUCCCAAGCCACAAGACAAGCCUAUUAGCCAUCCAACUUCUUUGGUAACUGGUGUUACAGGUGGUGGGGUUAAAUCUCCUCUUCAUCCUGAGGAAAAACCAAAGUCGCCUGAGAAGAAGGACGAAAAGGUCCUAGCUAAACCAGACGACAGUUCGAAGUCGGUCGUUAAGACUGAUAAGCUCAGUCCUAAAGAAUAUUCGGACGAUGAAACCGAUGACGAAAUAGAUAUUCCCAAGCCACAAGACAAGCCUAUUAGCCACCCAACUUCUUUGGUAACUUGUGUUACAGGUGGUGGGGUUAAAUCUCCUCUCCAUCCUGAAGAAAAACCAAAGUCGCCUGAGAAGAAAGACGAAAAGGUCCUAGCUAAACCAGACGACAGUUCCAAGUCGGUCGUUGAGACUGAUAAGCCCAGUCCUAAAGAAUAUUCGGACGAUGAAACUGAUGACGAAAUAGAGUUAUCCAAGCCGCAAGACAAGAUUUUUAGGGAAGCAACUCCAUCAGUGACACCCUUCACUACUAUCCCUGACGAUACCAAGAUAGUUAAACCGAUUGAUUCGCUUUCACAAUUGAAAGACGAUAAGAUUCCAACCUCAGUAGGAGACAAGGCACCAAAAGAGUCAGUAAAGCCUAUGUUAAAGGAGUAUUCGGACGAUGAAACUGAUGACGAAAUAGAUAUUCCCAAGCCACAAGACAAGCCUAUUAGCCAUCCAACUUCUUUGGUAACUGGUGUUACAGGUGGUGGGGUUAAAUCUCCUCUUCAUCCUGAGGAAAAACCAAAGUCGCCUGAGAAGAAGGACGAAAAGGUCCUAGCUAAACCAGACGACAGUUCGAAGUCGGUCGUUAAGACUGAUAAGCCCAGUCCUAAAGAAUAUUCGGACGAUGAAACCGAUGACGAAAUAGAUAUUCCCAAGCCACAAGACAAGCCUAUUAGCCACCCAACUUCUUUGGUAACUGGUGUUACAGGUGGUGGGGUUAAAUCUCCUCUCCAUCCUGAAGAAAAACCAAAGUCGCCUGAGAAGAAAGAUGAAAAGGUCCUAGCUAAACCAGACGACAGUUCCAAGUCGGUCGUUGAGACUGAUAAGCCCAGUCCUAAAGAAUAUUCGGACGAUGAAACUGAUGACGAAAUAGAGUUAUCCAAGCCGCAAGACAAGAUUUUUAGGGAAGCAACUCCAUCAGUGACACCCUUCACUACUAUCCCUGACGAUACCAAGAUAGUUAAACCGAUUGAUUCGCUUUCACAAUUGAAAGACGAUAAGAUUCCAACCUCAGUAGGAGACAAGGCACCAAAAGAGUCAGUAAAGCCUAUGUUAAAGGAGUAUUCGGACGAUGAAACUGAUGACGAAAUAGAUAUUCCCAAGCCACAAGACAAGCCUAUUAGCCAUCCAACUUCUUUGGUAACUGGUGUUACAGGUGGUGGGGUUAAAUCUCCUCUUCAUCCUGAGGAAAAACCAAAGUCGCCUGAGAAGAAGGACGAAAAGGUCCUAGCUAAACCAGACGACAGUUCGAAGUCGGUCGUUAAGACUGAUAAGCCCAGUCCUAAAGAAUAUUCGGACGAUGAAACCGAUGACGAAAUAGAUAUUCCCAAGCCACAAGACAAGCCUAUUAGCCACCCAACUUCUUUGGUAACUGGUGUUACAGGUGGUGGGGUUAAAUCUCCUCUCCAUCCUGAAGAAAAACCAAAGUCGCCUGAGAAGAAAGACGAAAAGGUCCUAGCUAAACCAGACGACAGUUCCAAGUCGGUCGUUGAGACUGAUAAGCCCAGUCCUAAAGAAUAUUCGGACGAUGAAACUGAUGACGAAAUAGAUUUAUCCAAGCCGCAAGACAAGAUUUUUAGGGAAGCAACUCCAUCAGUGACACCCUUCACUACUAUCCCUGACGAUACCAAGAUAGUUAAACCGAUUAAUUCGCUUUCACAAUUGAAAGACGAUAAGAUCCCAACCUCAGUAGGAGACAAGGCACCAAAAGAGUCAGUAAAGCCUAUGUUAAAGGAGUAUUCGGACGAUGAAACUGAUGACGAAAUAGAUAUUCCCAAGCCACAAGACAAGCCUAUUAGCCAUCCAACUUCUUUGGUAACUGGUGUUACAGGUGGUGGGGUUAAAUCUCCUCUUCAUCCUGAGGAAAAACCAAAGUCGCCUGAGAAGAAGGACGAAAAGGUCCUAGCUAAACCAGACGACAGUUCCAAGUCGGUCGUUGAGACUGAUAAGCCCAGUCCUAAAGAAUAUUCGGACGAUGAAACUGAUGACGAAUUAGAUAUUCCCAAGCCACAAGACAAGCCUAUUAGCCACCCAACUUCUUUGGUAACUGGUGUUACAGGUGGUGGGGUUAAAUCUCCUCUCCAUCCUGAAGAAAAACCAAAGUCGCCUGAGAAGAAAGACGAAAAGGUCCUAGCUAAACCAGACGACCGUUCCAAGUCGGUCGUUGAGACUGAUAAGCCCAGUCCUAAAGAAUAUUCGGACGAUGAAACUGAUGACGAAAAAGAUAUUCCCAAGCCACAAGACAAGCCUAUUAGCCAUCCAACUUCUUUGGUAACUGGUGUUACAGGUGGUGGGGUUAAAUCUCCUCUUCAUCCUGAGGAAAAACCAAAGUCGCCUGAGAAGAAGGACGAAAAGGUCCUAGCUAAACCAGACGACAGUUCCAAGUCGGUCGUUGAGACUGAUAAGCCCAGUCCUAAAGAAUAUUCGGACGGUGAAACUGAUGACGAAUUAGAUAUUCCCAAGCCACAAGACAAGCCUAUUAGCCAUCCAACUUCUUUGGUAACUGGUGUUACAGGUGGUGGGGUUAUGUCUCCUUUCCAUUCUGAGGAAAAACCAAAGUCGCCUGAGAAGAAAGACGAAAAGGUCCUAGCUAAACCAGACGACAGUUCCAAGUCGGUCGUUGAGACUGAUAAGCCCAGUUCUAAAGAAUAUUCGGACGAUGAAACUGAUGACGAAAUAGAUAUUCCCAAGCCACAAGACAAGCCUAUUAGCCAUCCAACUUCUUUGGUAACUGGUGUUACAGGUGGUGGGGUUAAAUCUCCUCUCCAUCCUGAAGAAAAACCAAAGUCGCCUGAGAAGAAAGACGAAAAGGUCCUAGCUAAACCAGACGACAGUUCCAAGUCGGUCGUUGAGACUGAUAAGCCCAGUCCUAAAGAAUAUUCGGGCGAUGAAACUGAUGACGAAAUAGAUAUUCCCAAGCCACAAGACAAGCCUAUUAGCCAUCCAACUUCUUUGGUAACUGGUGUUACAGGUGGUGGGGUUAAAUCUCCUCUUCAUCCUGAGGAAAAACCAAAGUCGCCUGAGAAGAAGGACGAAAAGGUCCUAGCUAAACCAGACGACAGUUCCAAGUCGGUCGUUAAGACUGAUAAGCCCAGUCCUAAAGAAUAUUCGGACGAUGAAACUGAUGACGAAUUAGAUAUUCCCAAGCCACAAGACAAGCCUAUUAGCCAUCCAACUUCUUUGGUAACUGGUGUUACAGGUGGUGGGGUUAAAUCUCCUCUCCAUCCUGAAGAAAAACCAAAGUCGCCUGAGAAGAAAGACGAAAAGGUCCUAGCUAAACCAGACGACAGUUCCAAGUCGGUCGUUGAGACUGAUAAGCCCAGUCCUAAAGAAUAUUCGGACGAUGAAACUGAUGACGAAAUAGAUAUUCCCAAGCCACAAGACAAGCCUAUUAGCCACCCAACUUCUUUGGUAACUGGUGUUACAGGUGGUGGGGUUAAAUCUCCUCUCCAUCCUGAAAAAAAACCAAAGUCGCCUGAGAAGAAAGACGAAAAGGUCCUAGCUAAACCAGACGACAGUUCCAAGUCGGUCGUUGAGACUGAUAAGCCCAGUCCUAAAGAAUAUUCGGACGAUGAAACUGAUGACGAAAAAGAUAUUCCCAAGCCACAAGACAAGCCUAUUAGCCACCCAACUUCUUUGGUAACUGGUGUUACAGGUGGUGGGGUUAAAUCUCCUCUCCAUCCUGAAAAAAAACCAAAGUCGCCUGAGAAGAAAGACGAAAAGGUCCUAGCUAAACCAGACGACAGUUCCAAGUCGGUCGUUGAGACAGAUAAGCCCAGUCCUAAAGAAUAUUCGGACGAUGAAACUGAUGACGAAAAAGAUAUUCCCAAGCCACAAGACAAGCCUAUUAGCCACCCAACUUCUUUGGUAACUGGUGUUACAGGUGGUGGGGUUAUGUCUCCUCUCCAUUCUGAGGAAAAACCAAAGUCGCCUGAGAAGAAGGACGAAAAGGUCCUAGCUAAACCAGACGACAGUUCCAAGUCGGUCGUUGAGACUGAUAAGCCCAGUCCUAAAGAAUAUUCGGACGGUGAAACUGAUGACGAAUUAGAUAUUCCCAAGCCACAAGACAAGCCUAUUAGCCAUCCAACUUCUUUGGUAACUGGUGUUACAGGUGGUGGGGUUAUGUCUCCUCUCCAUUCUGAGGAAAAACCAAAGUCGCCUGAGAAGAAAGACGAAAAGGUCCUAGCUAAACCAGACGACAGUUCCAAGUCGGUCGUUGAGACUGAUAAGCCCAGUUCUAAAGAAUAUUCGGACGAUGAAACUGAUGACGAAAAAGAUAUUCCCAAGCCACAAGACAAGCCUAUUAGCCAUCCAACUUCUUUGGUAACUGGUGUUACAGGUGGUGGGGUUAAAUCUCCUCUUCAUCCUGAGGAAAAACCAAAGUCGCCUGAGAAGAAGGACGAAAAGGUCCUAGCUAAACCAGACGACAGUUCCAAGUCGGUCGUUAAGACUGAUAAGCCCAGUCCUAAAGAAUAUUCGGACGAUGAAACCGAUGACGAAAUAGAUAUUCCCAAGCCACAAGACAAGCCUAUUAGCCACCCAACUUCUUUGGUAACUGGUGUUACAGGUGGUGGGGUUAAAUCUCCUCUCCAUCCUGAAGAAAAACCAAAGUCGCCUGAGAAGAAAGACGAAAAGGUCCUAGCUAAACCAGACGACAGUUCCAAGUCGGUCGUUGAGACUGAAAAGCCCAGUCCUAAAGAAUAUUCGGACGAUGAAACCGAUGACGAAAUAGAUAUUCCCAAGCCACAAGACAAGCCUAUUAGCCACCCAACUUCUUUGGUAACUGGUGUUACAGGUGGUGGGGUUAUGUCUCCUCUCCAUUCUGAGGAAAAACCAAAGUCGCCUGAGAAGAAGGACGAAAAGGUCCUAGCUAAACCAGACGACAGUUCCAAGUCGGUCGUUAAGACUGAUAAGACCAGUCCUAAAGAAUAUUCGGACGAUGAAACCGAUGACGAAAUAGAUAUUCCCAAGCCACAAGACAAGCCUAUUAGCCACCCAACUUCUUUGGUAACUGGUGUUACUGGUGGUGGUGUUAAAUCUCCUCUCCAUCCUGAAGAAAAACCAAAGUCGCCUGAGAAGAAAGACGAAAAGGUCCUAGCUAAACCAGACGACAGUUCCAAGUCGGUCGUUGAGACUGAUAAGCCCAGUCUUAAAGAAUAUUCGGACGAUGAAACUGAUGACGAAAAAGAUAUUCCCAACCCACAAGACAAGCCUAUUAGCCACCCAACUUCUUUGGUAACUGGUGUUACAGGUGGUGGGGUUAAAUCUCCUCUCCAUCCUGAAGAAAAACCAAAGUCGCCUGAGAAGAAAGACGAAAAGGUCCUAGCUAAACCAGACGACAGUUCCAAGUCGGUCGUUGAGACUGAUAAGCCCAGUUCUAAAGAAUAUUCGGACGAUGAAACUGAUGACGAAAAAGAUAUUCCCAACCCACAAGACAAGCCUAUUAGCCAUCCAACUUCUUUGGUAACUGGUGUUACAGGUGGUGGGGUUAAAUCUCCUCUUCAUCCUGAGGAAAAACCAAAGUCGCCUGAGAAGAAGGACGAAAAGGUCCUAGCUAAACCAGACGACAGUUCCAAGUCGGUCGUUAAGACUGAUAAGCCCAGUCCUAAAGAAUAUUCGGACGAUGAAACCGAUGACGAAAUAGAUAUUCCCAAGCCACAAGACAAGCCUAUUAGCCACCCAACUUCUUUGGUAACUGGUGUUACAGGUGGUGGGGUUAAAUCUCCUCUCCAUCCUGAAGAAAAACCAAAGUCGCCUGAGAAGAAAGACGAAAAGGUCCUAGCUAAACCAGACGACAGUUCCAAGUCGGUCGUUGAGACUGAUAAGCCCAGUCCUAAAGAAUAUUCGGACGAUGAAACCGAUGACGAAAUAGAUAUUCCCAAGCCACAAGACAAGCCUAUUAGCCACCCAACUUCUUUGGUAACUGGUGUUACAGGUGGUGGGGUUAUGUCUCCUCUCCAUUCUGAGGAAAAACCAAAGUCGCCUGAGAAGAAGGACGAAAAGGUCCUAGCUAAACCAGACGACAGUUCCAAGUCGGUCGUUAAGACUGAUAAGACCAGUCCUAAAGAAUAUUCGGACGAUGAAACCGAUGACGAAAUAGAUAUUCCCAAGCCACAAGACAAGCCUAUUAGCCACCCAACUUCUUUGGUAACUGGUGUUACUGGUGGUGGUGUUAAAUCUCCUCUCCAUCCUGAAGAAAAACCAAAGUCGCCUGAGAAGAAAGACGAAAAGGUCCUAGCUAAACCAGACGACAGUUCCAAGUCGGUCGUUGAGACUGAUAAGCCCAGUCUUAAAGAAUAUUCGGACGAUGAAACUGAUGACGAAAAAGAUAUUCCCAACCCACAAGACAAGCCUAUUAGCCACCCAACUUCUUUGGUAACUGGUGUUACAGGUGGUGGGGUUAAAUCUCCUCUCCAUCCUGAAGAAAAACCAAAGUCGCCUGAGAAGAAAGACGAAAAGGUCCUAGCUAAACCAGACGACAGUUCCAAGUCGGUCGUUGAGACUGAUAAGCCCAGUCCUAAAGAAUAUUCGGACGAUGAAACUGAUGACGAAAAAGAUAUUCCCAAGCCACAAGACAAGCCUAUUAGCCACCCAACUUCUUUGGUAACUGGUGUUACAGGUGGUGGGGUUAUGUCUCCUCUCCAUUCUGAGGAAAAACCAAAGUCGCCUGAGAAGAAGGACGAAAAGGUCCUAGCUAAACCAGACGACAGUUCCAAGUCGGUCGUUAAGACUGAUAAGACCAGUCCUAAAGAAUAUUCGGACGAUGAAACCGAUGACGAAAUAGAUAUUCCCAAGCCACAAGACAAGCCUAUUAGCCACCCAACUUCUUUGGUAACUGGUGUUACUGGUGGUGGUGUUAAAUCUCCUCUCCAUCCUGAAGAAAAACCAAAGUCGCCUGAGAAGAAAGACGAAAAGGUCCUAGCUAAACCAGACGACAGUUCCAAGUCGGUCGUUGAGACUGAUAAGCCAAGUCCUAAAGAAUAUUCGGACGAUGAAACUGAUGACGAAAUAGAUAUUCCCAAGCCACAAGACAAGCCUAUUAGCCAUCCAACUUCUUUGGUAACUGGUGUUACAGGUGGUGGGGUUAUGUCUCCUCUCCAUUCUGAGGAAAAACCAAAGUCGCCUGAGAAGAAAGACGAAAAGGUCCUAGCUAAACCAGACGACAGUUCCAAGUCGGUCGUUGAGACUGAUAAGCCCAGUCUUAAAGAAUAUUCGGACGAUGAAACUGAUGACAAAAAAGAUAUUCCCAACCCACAAGACAAGCCUAUUAGCCAUCCAACUUCUUUGGUAACUGGUGUUACAGGUGGUGGGGUUAAAUCUCCUCUUCAUCCUGAGGAAAAACCAAAGUCGCCUGAGAAGAAGGACGAAAAGGUCCUAGCUAAACCAGACGACAGUUCCAAGUCGGUCGUUGAGACUGAUAAGCCCAGUCUUAAAGAAUAUUCGGACGAUGAAACUGAUGACGAAAUAGAUAUUCCCAAGCCACAAGACAAGCCUAUUAGCCAUCCAACUUCUUUGGUAACUGGUGUUACAGGUGGUGGGGUUAAAUCUCCUCUUCAUCCUGAGGAAAAACCAAAGUCGCCUGAGAAGAAAGACGAAAAGGUCCUAGCUAAACCAGACGACAGUUCCAAGUCGGUCGUUGAGACUGAUAAGCCAAGUCCUAAAGAAUAUUCGGACGAUGAAACUGAUGACGAAAUAGAUAUUCCCAAGCCACAAGACAAGCCUAUUAGCCAUCCAACUUCUUUGGUAACUGGUGUUACAGGUGGUGGGGUUAAAUCUCCUCUUCAUCCUGAGGAAAAACCAAAGUCGCCUGAGAAGAAAGACGAAAAGGUCCUAGCUAAACCAGACGACAGUUCCAAGUCGGUCGUUGAGACUGAUAAGCCAAGUCCUAAAGAAUAUUCGGACGAUGAAACUGAUGACGAAAUAGAUAUUCCCAAGCCACAAGACAAGCCUAUUAGCCAUCCAACUUCUUUGGUAACUGGUGUUACAGGUGGUGGGGUUAUGUCUCCUCUCCAUUCUGAGGAAAAACCAAAGUCGCCUGAGAAGAAAGACGAAAAGGUCCUAGCUAAACCAGACAACUGUUCCAAGUCGGUCGUUGAGACUGAUAAGCCCAGUCCUAAAGAAUAUUCGGACGAUGAAACUGAUGACGAAAAAGAUAUUCCCAAGCCACAAGACAAGCCUAUUAGCCACCCAACUUCUUUGGUAACUGGUGUUACAGGUGGUGGGGUUAUGUCUCCUCUCCAUUCUGAGGAAAAACCAAAGUCGCCUGAGAAGAAGGACGAAAAGGUCCUAGCUAAACCAGACGACAGUUCCAAGUCGGUCGUUAAGACUGAUAAGACCAGUCCUAAAGAAUAUUCGGACGAUGAAACCGAUGACGAAAUAGAUAUUCCCAAGCCACAAGACAAGCCUAUUAGCCACCCAACUUCUUUGGUAACUGGUGUUACUGGUGGUGGUGUUAAAUCUCCUCUCCAUCCUGAAGAAAAACCAAAGUCGCCUGAGAAGAAAGACGAAAAGGUCCUAGCUAAACCAGACGACAGUUCCAAGUCGGUCGUUGAGACUGAUAAGCCAAGUCCUAAAGAAUAUUCGGACGAUGAAACUGAUGACGAAAUAGAUAUUCCCAAGCCACAAGACAAGCCUAUUAGCCACCCAACUUCUUUGGUAACUGGUGUUACAGGUGGUGGGGUUAUGUCUCCUCUCCAUUCUGAGGAAAAACCAAAGUCGCCUGAGAAGAAGGACGAAAAGGUCCUAGCUAAACCAGACGACAGUUCCAAGUCGGUCGUUAAGACUGAUAAGACCAGUCCUAAAGAAUAUUCGGACGAUGAAACCGAUGACGAAAUAGAUAUUCCCAAGCCACAAGACAAGCCUAUUAGCCACCCAACUUCUUUGGUAACUGGUGUUACUGGUGGUGGUGUUAAAUCUCCUCUCCAUCCUGAAGAAAAACCAAAGUCGCCUGAGAAGAAAGACGAAAAGGUCCUAGCUAAACCAGACGACAGUUCCAAGUCGGUCGUUGAGACUGAUAAGCCAAGUCCUAAAGAAUAUUCGGACGAUGAAACUGAUGACGAAAUAGAUAUUCCCAAGCCACAAGACAAGCCUAUUAGCCAUCCAACUUCUUUGGUAACUGGUGUUACAGGUGGUGGGGUUAUGUCUCCUCUCCAUUCUGAGGAAAAACCAAAGUCGCCUGAGAAGAAAGACGAAAAGGUCCUAGCUAAACCAGACGACAGUUCCAAGUCGGUCGUUGAGACUGAUAAGCCCAGUCCUAAAGAAUAUUCGGACGAUGAAACUGAUGACGAAAUAGAUAUUCCCAAGCCACAAGACAAGCCUAUUAGCCACCCAACUUCUUUGGUAACUGGUGUUACAGGUGGUGGGGUUAAAUCUCCUCUUCAUCCUGAGGAAAAACCAAAGUCGCCUGAGAAGAAGGACGAAAAGGUCCUAGAUAAACCAGACGACAGUUCCAAGUCGGUCGUUGAGACUGAUAAGCCCAGUCCUAAAGAAUAUUCGGACGAUGAAACUGAUGACGAAAUAGAUAUUCCCAAGCCACAAGACAAGCCUAUUAGCCACCCAACUUCUUUGGUAACUGGUGUUACAGGUGGUGGGGUUAAAUCUCGUCUCCAUCCUGAAGAAAAACCAAAGUCGCCUGAGAAGAAAGACGAAAAGGUCCUAGCUAAACCAGACGACAGUUCCAAGUCGGUCGUUGAGACUGAUAAGCCCAGUCCUAAAGAAUAUUCGGACGAUGAAACCGAUGACGAAAUAGAUAUUCCCAAGCCACAAGACAAGAUUUUUAGGGAAGCAACUCCAUCAGUGACACCCUUCACUACUAUCCCUGACGUAAAGGCCGGAGAUGUUAUUUCCUUCAAGGCAGAAGAAACAAGCACUAGUAUAACAACAGAGGAUACCAAGAUAGUUAAACCGAUUGAUUCGCUUUCACAAUUGAAAGACGAUAAGAUCCCAACCUCAGUAGGAGACAAGGCACCAAAUGAGUCAGUAAAGCCUAUGUUAAAAGAGUAUUCGGACGAUGAAACUGAUGACGAAAUAGAUAUUCCCAAGCCACAAGACAAGCCUAUUAGCCACCCAACUUCUUUGGUAACUCGUGUUACAGGUGGUGGAGUUACAUCUCCUCUCCAUCCUGAGGAAAAACCAAAGUCGCGUGAGAAGAAAGACGAAAAGGUCCUAGAUAAACCAGACGACAGUUCCAAGUCGGUCGUUGAGACUGAUAAGCCCAGUCCUAAAGAAUAUUCGGACGAUGAAACUGAUGACGAAAUAGAUAUUCCCAAGCCACAAGACAAGCCUAUUAGCCACCCAACUUCUUUGGUAACUGGUGUUACAGGUGGUGGGGUUAAAUCUCGUCUCCAUCCUGAAGAAAAACCAAAGUCGCCUGAGAAGAAAGACGAAAAGGUCCUAGCUAAACCAGACGACAGUUCCAAGUCGGUCGUUGAGACUGAUAAGCCCAGUCCUAAAGAAUAUUCGGACGAUGAAACCGAUGACGAAAUAGAUAUUCCCAAGCCACAAGACAAGAUUUUUAGGGAAGCAACUCCAUCAGUGACACCCUUCACUACUAUCCCUGACGUAAAGGCCGGAGAUGUUAUUUCCUUCAAGGCAGAAGAAACAAGCACUAGUAUAACAACAGAGGAUACCAAGAUAGUUAAACCGAUUGAUUCGCUUUCACAAUUGAAAGACGAUAAGAUCCCAACCUCAGUAGGAGACAAGGCACCAAAUGAGUCAGUAAAGCCUAUGUUAAAAGAGUAUUCGGACGAUGAAACUGAUGACGAAAUAGAUAUUCCCAAGCCACAAGACAAGCCUAUUAGCCACCCAACUUCUUUGGUAACUCGUGUUACAGGUGGUGGAGUUACAUCUCCUCUCCAUCCUGAGGAAAAACCAAAGUCGCGUGAGAAGAAAGACGAAAAGGUCCUAGCUAAACCAGACGACAGUUCCAAGUCGGUCGUUGAGACUGAUAAGCCCAGUCCUAAAGAAUAUUCGGACGAUGAAACCGAUGACGAAAGAGAUAUUCCCAAGCCACAAGACAAGCCUAUUAGCCAUCCAACUUCUUUGGUGACUGGUGUUACAGGUGGUGGGGUUAAAUCUCCUCUUCAUCCUGAGGAAAAACCAAAGUCGCCUGAGAAGAAAGACGAAAAGGUCCUAGCUAAACCAGACGACAGUUCCAAGUCGGUCGUUGAGACUGAUAAGCCCAGUCCUAAAGAAUAUUCGGACGAAGAAACCGAUGACGAAAUAGAUAUUCCCAAGCCACAAGACAAGAUUUUUAGGGAAGCAACUCCAUCAGUGACACCCUUCACUACUAUCCCUGACGUAAAGGCCGGAGAUGUUAUUUCCUUCAAGGCAGAAGAAAGUUCAACAACAGUUCAAACAACUAUUAAGUUAGCAAGCACUAGUAUAACAACAGAGGAUACCAAGAUAGUUAAACCGAUUGAUUCGCUUUCACAAUUGAAAGACGAUAAGAUCCCAACCUCAGUAGGAGACAAGGCACCAAAUGAGUCAGUAAAGCCUAUGUUAAAAGAGUAUUCGGACGAUGAAACCGAUAACGAAAUAGAUAUUCCCAAGCCACAAGACAAGCCUAUUAGCCACCCAACUUCUUUGGUAACUGGUGUUAAAGGUGGUGGGGUUAAAUCUCCUCUCCAUCCUGAAGAAAAACCAAAGUCGCCUGAGAAGAAAGACGAAAAGGUCCUAGCUAAACCAGACGAUAGUUCCAAGUCAGCCAUUGAGACUGAUAAGCCCAGUCAUAAAGAAUAUUCGGACGAUGCACGGAAGGGAACCGGUUUGUCUGGCAUAUGUCCCAAGAAUAUUACACCUUUUAUGACAGAGGAAAUUUCAGCCUCAACUCAAAGCAACUUUAAAUCAGAAAGCUCUAUUAGAGCAACGCUCGAUACACAGAUAUCUAAUCCAAUAUCCGAUCCAGUUCAGAAGACUUUAUUGGUAACUCCUUUUAUAGACGAUCAGGGUAUUUCUCAGCAUUCUGGAGACAAGUCAAAAACAAUCAGCCCCAUUUCACAGAAAUGUGAGACUCAGCUAAGCUAUCUAGAUCAUCAAUUAGACGUUGAUUUGGUUUCUGAUAUCGAAGAAAAUCGGUCUGUUCAACAGAUUGUGGAGGAUACUAUCAGGGCUGGUGAUGCUGAAGUACAAAAAAUUGUUGACGAAACACUCAAGAGUGUUCAGAAAACUAGAAAUAUUAGGGAACAGGUUGUAGAUGAAGGUCGUUCCGUUGAAGAAAUAGUUGAAGAUACACUUAAGAAUGCAAAGUUCAUUCCAAAUAUUUCCAUGGAAGAUAAACUCUAUUGCGCCCAGGUUAAAGAAAGUGAUGCACAAGAAGUUCGUCCCGUUGCUUACUUUGUAAAUUUAGACGAUGAACAAAAAUCAAUAGACCCAGUUAAAAAGGUACCAGUUAGAUCACAACCGAAAAAAAUAAUUAAGUCAGAGACGGGGAAAAUAUUAGAGGAGGCCUCUGCAAAACCAAUGAAUAAGUCAACCAUUAGCAAAAGAACAAUCACGGUUAGGGAAAAGCCUAAGCCCAAGCCAGUUUCUCCAGCAAAGACGACCACUGUCAAACAAACUCCGAUUAGAAAAACAAUAACCACUGACAAAGCAAAACUAUCCAAUAAGACCGAGUCACGACGUUCAGUCACAAGCUCUACUUCAACAACUACCAGUUCAGCUUCCGCUACUAGUCGUGUGAUAAGUGAAAUACACUUCGAGAGAUCAUCAAGUCCUGCUUCGAGUUCCAUUUUCUACGAAAGCCAACCGCAAGGUGAAGGCAGUCGUUCUACCACCCCAAGACCUAGGGUUAAAACUGAUGUGACACGAAUACCCUACAAUACCUCACCUCGAUCGUUUAGUCCACAGUCAAAGCCCACAAAGACAGAUAAGAAAAGCGUAAACAAAAGUAAAACAACUGCCACUCGUUCUACCAAAGAGCUUACAGAAAAGAGUUUCAAAAAGACUGAGCGAAUUGCCAGCCAAGAGCACGUUGAGAAGCGGAAAACUCCGACACCGUCUGCCACCCACAGAUACAUGCAACCCACCCUGGCCCACAGCAUGAGGUACGGUUUGAGUGGCGAUGGCGACAUUGGCCAGAAUGUCAGCUUGGCAUCUCCAAAGUCGCCGGCACCACCCAAAUCGCCAACUCCGGCCCUAACUAAAAGUACUCGAAGAACACAAACUGUAACAAGUGCCUUGACAAAGUCCACAACCCAAAUACCGAAACAAAAAAACUCGAUUGCUGAAAAGAAACCAGCACAGCCCCGUUCCCAGAUUAAGAGAGGCUCACAGAGCGAUAGCAAGGAAUCCCUAAUGAAAAGCACCGAUCGCCUAUACAAACGACAAACAUCCAAGGAAAAUAAGCUAGCAAACGUGAUAGGCUCCAAGAGCCAAGAAACCAAAAGCAUGAAGACACAAUCAGCUAAUUCAGCCAAGAAACUUGUCUCCAAAACUUCCAUAGAAACCGACAACAAGCUUCUGAAGAAGACCACAGCCACUAUACAGCGCACUAAAGUUCCGAUUAGCGUGUCUUCCAGUGCAAGGACUGCAGCAAAGCUAAGCAAGAGUGAUGACACCGUCAAGAGACCUCAGGUAGACAAUAAGAAACCAGUAAAGCGAACGGUAAGCAAAGUAAGUGAAUCCAGUGGCACCAUGACCACCACAGCGACAUCGACCAGAAUCGUGGCGAGCUCCAUGGAGCCAAAGCUGCAAAAGAAGAUGAAGGACACGAUGAACGAGUCGAGUUCGAACUCGGGAAGCGGCACCACCAGUGCCAGCGGUUCUUCAAAUAGUACGCGGCGAAGUGUGCGAUCCGUUAGCACGGUUAGCCGCAAAACGGACAAGGACUUGACCAACAUCCGGCGAGCAAGUGGAGCGGUUGUUUCGACAUCGACCGUACGGGUGCACCGGGAACCAACAGCAACCACCAGCGCUGUUAGCACCGUGCUCGUUGAUGACGACUGUGAGGUGAUAACCAUACGUUCCAUUAAAUCAAGCGAUAGUACAAAAAGUUCUACCUCAUCAUCCUCCGGUAGCGGCAGCAACAGUCGCAAGGUGCUAACCAGCGAGGUGUUCACUAAAACCUUCGGCCCCGACAAGCCGCUCGAGGUGGUCUACCGACAGCCAGAGUUUGAUGUAGAACACCACACGAUCAUGUCUGUGCGUCCACCCUCCGCGACAAGCAGCGAUCAGCAGAGGUGCAUUAACGAGUUCGAUGUCAGUUUCAUCGACACCACCGACUCCAGUCUCUCGGACUCCGUUGCCUUACCCAUGUUAGGCUCCGGUGAUCCUGAUCGUCUGCUGGCCGCCAGUCCCGGCUCGCCCAAGCCCACCCGCAGUCCCCUGGCCCUUAUUGAGGAGACCCUCCGUCGCCAGCAACAGCAUCACCAUCAUCAGCAACACUACCACCACAGUAGCGGUGCUAUUGCUGCUGCCCUUGAUCCUUCUCUGUCGAUGCCAGUGGCUUUUGGAGAGAGUCACCUGACGGCGGAGGUAGAGGUGGAGAAGGGCAGCAUUUCCAAAGAAACCCUUCAGGAAAGAAAAGUAGACCUAUCCAGUCUGGAUACCGCAAAGAUCUCACAUGAAAUUGGUGAUGUUAAAGUUGGUGGUGGUGAUGAUGAUAGUGAUGGCGAUGGUGGAGAUCUUGUGGCACGCAUUCGCGAGGAAGCCAAUAUUCUGGUGGAUCGCGUACUUGAAGAAAGUGUCGAGAUCAUUGAGAGUCAAGGCCAUCAGGCCAAUGGCCACGAGAUCGCUAAGCUGGACUACAACUCAGAAAGUGAGAAUUAUGCCAUCACAUGCGACGAUAUCGGCGGCGUCGAUGUUAUCAAAUCGCCCACCAUUGAGUCCAUGUCGGGCAAGUCGUUUGACGACAACAUGAGCUUCACCGACGAGCAUAUACAUUUACCCUUGCAUGCCCAGAACACGACCACCACCAUGACAACGACAAUUACCACUCAGUUCCAACAGCAGCAGUCCCAGUCUGCUGUACCAAGUACAUCGGCGGCAAAAGAUCCGGUUGCAGUUCUCGAAUCCGUACCCGUAUCAUUUCCAGUAGCGAGUAGUCGAAAUCAGGCUGAAGACGAGAGUGAAACGCGAGCCAGGCGCAUUGAUCGUAAGAUCGAGAAACUAUCCACGGACAUGGACGAUGUAAGCGCCAGGUUCGAUGAGGCGUUUGAGAUGUCGGUGCCCGAGGACGAGAUCAGCGCCCUGCAGGGCGACUUUUCCAAACUUAGCUGGGACGAAAGCGUUUCGCCCACGACCAACACCAUGGCCGAUAUGGCACAAAACCAAAUAACUCCCGAUAACGAUAUACAAGAUCUCAUCGCAGAAACAGGCGGCGAUUUACCAAACUCAAGUGAAACCGAUACCACUCCCGUACCACCGUCGAAAGAAUCGGAAAGCAAAACCGAAACUGAGCCGACGGUAGUAACCAAUGCAUUCACUACCACCAGCCACGAUACACCCACACCAAAACCAAGAGUACUCAAAGCAAGCUCCCCCGUCUCCGAAGGCACUGAUAGCACUACCAUUCCUGGCCCAGUGCCCAAGCCCGAAAUACCGAUUGAUAUUAGUUUUGAUGCCACCGCACCGGUUCCAAAGCCGCGUGCCCCUAUCAAGCACACGGAACCUUUUGAAAACCUGGCUGCCCUAGCCGAACAGUCCGAUAGCAUUAGUCUGAGGAGUUUUGAGCUCACAGAGGACAUUUCCAAGACGGACGAGCCCUCCACAGAGCUCUCUAUUCGAUCCCAGCUUCGGGACAUAGUCACCACCACCACUGUUUCGGAGGACCACACCGAAAGCUUCGAGCCAACGAGUGAGAUUUCUGUCGAUGAUGCCGACACUGAAAAGUCUGAGGGUGCCGAAAAGACCACUAGCUUUUAUAUUGGGGAAUCAAGCCGUAAUGUUAUCAUCAAGACCUCGACGAGAUCUGCAAGUGUUACACCGCAAGAGGAGGAAGCUCAGGGCGAAAUUGGAAUUGAUGCUAAGGAUAUUUCCCUAAUGAAGGAGGUAUCUGUUGACUCUGACGAAGCCAACGAUGUUUUCAAAGAGUUUGUCACGAUGAAGCCAGAAGAUCCUACUGCAAUGGACAACAAGAUAACCAGACAAGGCUCGGAAACUCGGAAUGACAUACUUGAAUUUGAAAAUGCUGAUAAGGACAAGACUGCAGAGCAGAAGUUAUCCAAGGUAACGACCGAGGAGAGCUUGACCACAUCCACCGGAUCCAGCGGUCGAGCCAUCAUUGAAAUAGCUCCUUCGAGCAGCGAAGAUCCUGAUGAGUCCAGUAAGGAAAUUCCGGAAAUUGUAAAUACAAUCUCAGAGAAGGCAGCCUCAACUGAUAAGUUUGAGUUGCCCUUAGAAAAAAGUGAGUGGGAAACAUCAGAAAAAGAAAUCCCAACUGAGGGCAAACCGAAAGUAGUUCACUCGCCUCAACAACCCCAAGAAGCCAGCAUGAAGAGUACGCUGGAUAAGUUUCACGUAGAUGAAAUUCUUGCCGAAGAACAGGUAUCAGAGGAUCACUCCAGUAGUGAUCACAAGUCGUUUAAGGAGGAGAAAGACUUAAUCCCUUCAGAACUUCGAUCGAGUACCGUGCCUCAGGAAUACACUUUUGCUGUUGAGAGCGAGGACAUCUCAUCAUUCAUAGGCAUACCAGAAGCAAGCAUGCAUACCUCCACUUUGGAUAGUACACAGCCUCCAGAGGGUCUGUUCGACACCACAAUCAAGGAGACCCUCAAUAAACAAGCUGCCAUGGCCCAUUAUGCCCAAGAUGUCUUUGGCAGAGGGGAAAGACGCGAUGACCACGGCUCACUAGGUUUCAUUUCCACCGGCACAGCCGAAGAGUUGAGUUCCAUGGAAGAGCACGUGGCAAAGGAGGAACAAGCCUCAUUGGGCUUCAUUUCCACUGAAACCGCCGAGGAUUUCAGCUCCAUGGAAGAUUAUUAUUCCGAGAAAUUGGCCGUCGCAAGUGUGGUUGCUGAUGAGGCUGCAACCGAAAAAUCAUUGACAACAAGCACUUUUGAAGAGCUUUCGUCUGAUCAAUCCAUGAAACCAAUUGAUGUUGUGGUUCAUCGACUUAAAACCGAGACAUCGCCGGAUUCCAUUAACCGUUGGUCUAUUCCCGAUGUAGACACCUCCAGCUCAAGCGAGAGCUUCCACAGAAGCUUCGACAAGACUCAAAGUCGACCCUUGUCUUCAGACUUGGAUAACCUUGUGACCACCACAGGUACUGGUACCUCAAGUGAUUACCAAACCGCAAGGGAAUUCACCACCACUGGCCGCACGGAGGGAACCGAAUAUAUUAGUGCAGUCAGCACCCUCGGAAGCAGUAGCUUAGACUCACAGUCGGAGACUUCGGCCAAUUUGGCCAGCAUUGAUGUGUCCGAGCUGUCGGAGACGUUGGUGGCCUCCUCUGCCGAAGUUGAUGCUUUUGAAGCCGAAGAGAUGUCGCGUCUGCGCGAUCUUCGAGCCGAUGACGAGGACAGUGAUGAGAGUGUAGAACUUCCGGGAACUGCCUAUCCAACUAGCGAACAGCAAAGUCUGAUGAAGCGCUCCCAGGAAAUGAUUUUCAAGCCAAAAAGUCUGGACGAGGAGCCCUUGCCUGUUGAGGUUGCGCAAAUCGAGGAAUAUCCCAAGCCAAAGGAGGCAGAGCGCACAUGGGGCCUGGCCUAUCCUUUGGAGGACAGCAAGGUGGAUAGUCCGCGGGAGAGUGAAAAAGGCGAAGACAUCCUGUUGUAUCACGGAGAUCCACGUCGGUCCAUUGACGAGUCUAAGUUGGCCUCUAGCCUAGACGAAGGCAGUAUUCUUUCCGUGAGCAUGUCAAGCACAUCCAACAUUGAUACCGUUGUAGAGAACUUUGAUGAUAUUAUUGGAUCCGCUGGAUCCUCUUCAUUGACCGGUAUCGAGGGUUUCCAGUACGGCCAUGACGAGUCUAUUCCAUCUGCCUCAGUGCCGGAAGAUGCCACAUUUAUGCUGGAAAUGGAGAGCAAGGAACAUUCACCGCAGGAUUCUAAUGCCAGUACUCCUCCGGGAGGGGAAUCAAAACGCCGGGGUCACAAGCGAAAUGAGAGCAUUUCGGGAGAUGCCUUAAAGAACUUGGACAAGGAAGUUGCAUUACUGGGCGAAGGCAAGGAGUCGGAAAGCGAAUCUGACACGGAUCCCUACGAAUCGGAAUAUGCCCGCCAGUUCCGUUCCCCCAAAGAACGCAAGAGCAAAAAAAAGAAGCAGGCGGCAGCCGAAAUGGAUCAUAGUGGCGAACUGGAAAAGCGUCCAUUUACACCAUCCCAGUUGGUAGCCGAGGUUAUCGUGGAGGACAGUAUCACAGAGGAAUUGGAGGCAGAGGCAGCGAUGAUCGAGGAGCGCCGCCCUUCCCAAAAUAUGCAGGACUAUUCAAACAUUCCCGACAUAAUGGUCACUGAGGACAUUAAAUCGCCCAUUCUGGAGGAAGAGACCGACGAGUUUCCAGAAAAGAUGCUCUACAAAGUGCGCACCGAGGAAGAAUUGCACAAGGCAAGCGACACCUCGGUAUAUCAGAAGGCAAAGGCCGAGGAGAAGGAGCAGGACUUUCAGCGACGAGUGCAGGAACAAUACCGCCAGAAGCUCGAGGAACUGAAGCGUGCCGAAGUUGGAGCCGAAUACGAUGAUCGCAAGGCUCCCGAUUCACCAGACUCCUUUGAAAUGGUCGAACAACCCGAUAUCUCGGAUGAAUUCGUUAUUAUCGAGGAGGUCGCCAAGGAGGCCAACGAAGUAGAUCUGGGCGGUCAGAGCAUUAAGAUUAAGCAAAUUAAGUACGAGCAAAAGCACGACGAGGAUGUUGAGAAGAUCAUCAUCAAGUCAGCACCUGCGGAUCCCAAGCUCGGAUCACAGCUCUACAAGGACGACCUGAACUUUGAGUUCGAGGAAAGCCCUCCCACUGGAGCCAGCAGUAGUAGCGAGCAGCAGGAGGAGAGCGAUUCCAGUGAAACGGCAGCUGCCAACAAGCGCUGGGUUGAGAUGCAGUUGACCGACAACCAGCUGCGAUAUCCGUAUGAUUUAGCCGGAGCCGUGUUGGAGGACAUUAAAGAGGAAGACGGAGAGUUCGAGGUGGGCAGCAGCCGUAUCAGCAGCUUCAAGGAUUCCUUUUCAAGCACGCCCGAGUACGAUGUGGCCGCACGGCGAUAUCAUUCACGUGGCGAGCACGACGAUGUCUCAAUGAGCAGUCUGCAGGAGUUUGAGUCUUUGGAGCAAGCCAUUUCCCUGGAGAACCGGAAUCGCACCCACCAAGGUUCCACUGAUUCGAGCAAUGGAAGCUUCACCCGCCGAUAUGUGGUUCGUCACAGUGGCAGUGGAACUGCACCCGGUGACGAUGUAUCGGUCUCAAGUCUCAAGGACUUUGAAGGACUCGAGAAUGCCUGCAUCGAAGCCCACCUGAUAGAGAUCAAGGCCAGGGAGGAAGCUGCUCUACUUUCGCGCUCUGAUGAGUCUAAUAAAUCCAAUGGCAGCGAUAAAGGAGCCACGGGUAAUGUUGUGGUGACCAAGGUAACCCGCACAGUAACCCGCACCGAAGUGGUGCCCUCAAGUCAAGUAGAAAGCAUCGAAGCCCUGCUGAAGCAGAAGCUGGAGCGGGAGGAAGGAUCUGUUCAAGGAAGAGUCACCGACAUGGGCACCACUGAGUUGGAUACCAAGUCAAAGAUCGACAGCCAGGAUUCCGAAAAGGAUAGCAUCGAUAGCAUGGAGAUCAGCAAGAGUCAUGACAUGAUGACCAGCAGCAUCGAGAGCUUCGACAUCUCCAAGGACGCAACCACGAGAUCGGACAUUGAUUCCCUGGAGAUCGACAAGCGACACUCGCGGCAAGAGAGCAUAGAAUCUUUCGGCGAUGAGCAGUUGGAUCUCAUGACCAAGUUCGUUAGCGGCGGAGGAGUGACACUGGGUGAUGGACUGACCACCACCACGACCACGACUACCACCAGCACGGAUGCCGAUGGACACGAACACACGGUGACCAGGGUGAUAACCACAACAACAAAUGUGGGCGGUGGCAUUCAAGAACUUCCAAUGGAUGAGUCCGGCAUGUCGAAGGACGUGUCGGUGGAUUCCCUAAACAUGUGCGUGGAGCAAACAACCAGUUCGGCUGGCACAACGGCCACCUACCAAACCAGCGCUGGUAACUCCCAGAUGUCCGGGAGCGUAACCAGCUGUGCGUCCAGCACUCUCAUGGAGGAUUCGUUCCCUGGUGUGGGUGGCAUGUCGUCGUCGCAAAUGUCGGCCAGUUUUUGGUCUCACGAUGAAUCCACGGUGGUCGAGGACGAAGGACGCGAUCUCGCCCAGAAGCCACAACAGGGCCACUAAACGCUGGACGGGAUUAGGAGAGAGAGAGAAAGAGAAAACGAGAGGGAGAAGAAAUGAGAUAUAUAUGAGAUGUCACACGUAAUCCCAUAUGAAAAUGGGGCUUGAGCGGUGACUUAGAAUAUUUGGCUAGACAAGGCGCUCUUCUAGACGCAGCACCAAAUGCAGGAAUCUCUGGACGAGGAACGCAUCUUUACCGGCUCUGAAAACAUCACCGAUUUCAAAUCGAACAGCGAGAGGGAUUUAUUAAUUAGCAAAUUUGACAUUUUCCAUCUACACACAGACACACACACACACACAUUUUUAAUGAUAUUGAAGUGCAUACACGAGUUUUUAAAGGCAAAUAUAUAUAUUUUAUAUAUUUAUAAAAACUAUAAAAUCGCAAACAUGAAUACGAAUAUGAAUAUAUGGCAAGCAUUAGCCAUUCAACGCAUUUUCUUAUUGGCUUUAAUGUUUGAAAAUUAAUAAAAGUUACGGCAAAAACAGAAAAUCUUUGUGCUAGGCGUUGUAAUGGAAUACACCUUUGCUUUUAAUUUGAUGUAGUUAUUAUAUAUGUACAUGUACGAAGGAUACUUAUUAUUAAAUGAAUCGCUUAUUAUUGUAGUUUAAUUUAAGCAAUUAUACAAACGCAUGUGAAAAAGGGGACGCAAUGAAAUAGUUGAAGCGUGGCAAGUGAAAUGCUUUUAAAGUCUCAUUUUUUUACAAGAACCAAGCAAAUUUUUUCGCUUGCAUAUUUUAACAGUGAAAUAUACAUAAAUAUACAAUCUGAAAACCAGUGCAUAGAUCAAAUUUAAAGCAUAUACAGACAAGAUAUGAAAUUAAUUCGCAUAGAAAUACAACAAAAACAGCCAUAAAGUGUAUCGCUAAUUUUCGUAAUGCACAUCUUGCGUGUACGAGUAUUCGUCAAAGAACCUACUUAUUGAAAGGAUUUAAACGUUUUAGCAUCACCACUGUAAUGGAAUAUGAAUAAAACUAAUAUUUGUGUUAAAAACAUACAAGAAAUAUUAAAAAACAAAAAAACAUUAUUGUAUUGUAAACCCACACGCGUAUGAAUAACCAAAUAAAAUGCUUAAUACAA